AGUAGAGAAAUUAAUGAUAAUGAAUCUGGAAGAAUUAAUGAUAAUUUUGUUGUCUUGCACGCAAAAAUGGAAAGCUCUCUGGCCAGAAAAGAAGGGAAAAUUUUUAUUGUUAUCGGGAACGACGACGUUUCGGAAGCCAAGGUAUGAUAGUAUUCUUUCUUGCUCAUGUGCUGUUAUGGUUGCUACUAGCUAAAGAACACGGGAAGCGAACGUCCAGUGUUUUGGUGUGCACAUAUCUAGGUAUUGGGAUACUUUGCACGCCAUGAUGCGUCUAGUUUCUUUGACAACUAUGUUAACAGCCCCUAUUGUCCGCAUAGCAUCCCUACGAAAAUGGAGCUUGCAAGAGAUAGAGAUGGAUACAUGCAAAUCCUCAUAUAAGAUAAUAUUGGGUUCAUCAUCCAUGGCUCGGCGGCAAAUUCUAUCUGAGAUGGGAUAUGAAUUCUCAAUUAUGACUGCAGAUAUAGAUGAAAAGUGCAUAAGGAAAGAGAAGCCAGAGGAAUUGGUUAUGGCUUUGGCUCAUGCCAAGGCAGAUGCCAUUGUAACAAGGCUCCAAACUAUGGGUCAAUUGGAAGAGAAUGCUCAUGCAACCUUGUUGAUUACAGCAGACACAGUGGUCUUGUACAAAGGGAUGAUUAGAGAAAAGCCAACCACAAAGGAAGAAGCACGGAAUUUCAUCAAAGGGUAUUCUGGUGGUCAUGCGGCUGUUGUAGGAUCCGUACUAGUAACUAACCUUACUACAGGAACAAGGAAAGGAGCAUGGGAGAGGGCAGAGGUUUAUUUCCAUGAGAUACCGGAUGAGGUUAUUGAUAGUCUGAUUGAGGAGGGAGUUACAUUCAACGUGGCCGGGGGUCUUAUGCUAGAGCACCCACUGACAUCACCUUUUGUUGAAGCAGUGGUAGGGAGUACUGACACAGUGAUGGGACUUUCAAAAGCUCUUACUGAAAAACUCAUUGCAGAAGCCCUAUAGCAUUUAUAUCGAUUUAGAGCUGUUUGAUUUAAUUUAAAGGAAAAGGAAGUUUUGUGUAAAAACCAACAAUUGGGUUGCCCCCAAUCAUAUGGCGUCUUGAUGAGUAAACCAUGAUUGAAUAUAUAAUCAUUGGAUUAUUAUUAUUUUUUCUUUCUUUUUUUUUUGAAAGUCAGGUGAAUUCUAAUGAGAUUAUCUAAUCUGCUUAUUUUUUU